GAAAUGGUGGACUCUCAAAGGCCGGUUACUGUCUUUUUUAGCGUCAACAACGCAAUAAAACAUUCAUAAUUUGAAAAAUAUUGCUUGGAUUUAGCUUUGGAUAAGAUAUUUUGAAUAAGAUUUCAAAUUGGAAGACAAUGGGAGUUAACUGCGUAAUUAGUGUACCCAUGGAAGAGAAUAAAAGUGGUCAAUACGUAAUCACAAAACUUCAGAAGAAAAUUGAAAACCUAGGAGCAAAAAAAGCUGGACAUUUUAGCGUUGAUUGUGAAACAUAUCAAAGCCAAAUACCAAUAGAAGGACAAGUAAAAGUCAUAAAUAAUGUUCACGACACCGAAUAUCCAGCAAGUACUUUCUCAUUUGUAGAAAAUGGGCCUCAUCUCGUUGCAGAUAAUACUUUAGAUAUGUUAUUUGCAAAAAUGGAUUCAUUCUACGCUCCAAAAAAGAACUUUAAGAUUGAAGCUAAAGGUGUACGAUAUGAAUUAAAUGACUUUCUAAUAAAAGUAGGUUCAGUGAUUAUUGGACAAAACACAUCUGUAAAAGGCAUUUUACUUCAAAUUGAUUAUACUCCAUGUAUAUUAUACAAUGAUUCUUGGGGUAUAAUAACAGAACUUUUACAUAUACUUGGAAUAAAUCCAAAUAUAACUAAUUUCUUCAAAUCAAGAUUGGAGAAAAAAGAGAGUUCCGUUGAUUAUACUGACUGUGCUCAACAAUAUCUGGAAUUAUUUAAUAGUGUUCGAAAAUCUAUGACUGUUAAUCAACAACCACCUGGAAUGUCAUCAUCACCUGUAAUGAUUCAAGGAAGAAUGUGAAAAGAAAUAUUUAUAUGAUCGUCAUUUAUCCUUAUAUUAUUUAUUUAUUCAACUUGAACAGAUGCUAACAUCUAUAGUUAUCGAGUAACCUAGGCGCAGGACACUGCUAUAUAAAAAUAAAAGACCGCUUAUCUUAUGAUUAAUAUUCAAUUUACAAACAGACUAUUUGAUUUUAUAUUCUUUGGAUAGGCUACCAAAAAUCAAGAUAUCCUUAUCAAGUUUCCAUCAUAGCUUACCACACUAUUCCAGGCUUGUACAACUGCAACAAUAUGAAUGAAUCAUUUAGCUUAUCAAGCCCUUAGGGCAGAUCGUUAAGUUUUACAAUUUGAUUGUAUAACCCUUAAUGUAAAUGAUUGGCUUCCUUACGAUUGCUCUCUCAGUCUUAAAUUUAGGUAAACAGUUGAUAAAAAUUUCCUUAUUUAUUCUAAAUUUUUAACUAUAGAUAGUAAUAUAGUGUGGCCCAUAAAUUCAAUAAUUUUACUCAUAAAUAGUCAACCUUAUAACUAUCUUAACGAUAAGUGAACUUGUUUAAGAUAACUCUAUUUUGUAACCUCUCUAGAAAUUUCGUCUCAUUAGAUAUACGCUAUUUUUUCAUGUGCUAUAAAAUUCUAAAUAAGUUCACAUAUCAAUAAUUCUAAUGUAAAAAAAAAAAUAGCCAAGCAUUGAUCUAGAUUUUCAAAUGUUCGAAAAGGGAAAAUAAUCUAUUGACAUCCCAAGCUAAUUCUAAAAAUAGAUAAAAAAGAUUACCUCUCUUCCGGUUCUUUUUUCGUUCAUUAGAGCUUUCUACUAAUUGAGCACUAAAUAAACUAUCCAUUUGUGAUAUUUUAUAAGCUGAACACGUAGCUUUCCCAACGAAAAUUUAAUUAUCUAUUACGAUAUAAUUCUCCGCUGAAACAACUCAGUUUGUUCAAAGUUAAAACUUCCUGAACAUUUUUAUUCACCUUCAAAUUUCUAAAGUUGAUAUAAAAGGUCAUCACUGUUCAUUCGUUAGAAAACUAAUGAAAUAAAAUGUAAAAGUCGAAUAAAAUAAGAUUAAAUAUUAUUCUAUUAGGUCUACAGCCAUCUUUUUUAGUUGAAAGGUUAAAAAGUAGAGAAAGAAUUACUUUCCCAUGAAAUAUCUUACAAGCAUGUCUAAUUUCUAGGUAAAUGAAAUUUUUACUAUAUACUAUUCGAAGGCGUUGCUUAAUAAAUGUUAAUAUAGUAACCUUGAUCGAGUUCCUUCUAAUCAGAUUACAAUUGAAUGCUCUGGUAUUUUCAGUAAGAA